CGCUGCGGUUCCUGUCCGGGUGAAGGGUGAAAGGGUGGAGCCAGUUAGGAGCCUGGAGUGAGUGGCUGCAUCUCCCUCCCUCCUACCCUCCCUCUCUGUGUCCUUGACUGGCGCCCGGGCCCUGCAACAUGUUCCGCGGAAUCUGCCAGCUCCGCAGAUGUGUGUCCAAAACUACUUCAACUUGGAGUUAUCUAACAAUCAAGCAAAAGCACACACUGCCUGAUCUGCCAUAUGAUUACGGUGCAUUGGAGCCACACAUUAGUGCGGAGAUAAUGCAGCUGCAUCACAGCAAGCAUCACGCCACCUAUGUCAACAACUUAAAUGUUGCAGAGGAGAAAUAUGCAGAGUCCCUGACAAAAGGUGAUGUCACAGCCCAGAUUGCUUUACAACCUGCAUUGCGAUUUAAUGGUGGCGGUCAUAUUAAUCACUCUAUCUUCUGGACCAAUCUGUCUCCAAGUGGAGGAGGGGAGCCUGCUGGACAGCUAAUGGAAAUCAUCAAACGAGACUUUGGCUCCUUUGAGAAAUUUAAGGAGAUGAUGUCCACAAUUUCACUGGGGGUUCAAGGCUCAGGAUGGGGAUGGCUGGGAUACAACAAGAAUUCGGGAAGGUUACAGCUUGCAGCAUGUCCCAAUCAAGACCCACUGCAAGGAACAACAGGUCUAUGCCCUCUACUUGGAAUAGAUGUGUGGGAGCAUGCAUACUAUCUGCAGUACAAGAAUGUCAGGGGUGACUAUCUAAAAGCUAUCUGGAAUGUUAUCAACUGGGAGAAUGUUGGAGAGAGACUCAAAGCUGCCAUGAAAUGAAUGGUCCUCAAUGGAGUCAACGCAGCGAGGAGUCCUGCCAUUGCUUGACUGGAAGGUUGUUACUAAACACAGUUUGCACUGUUAAGGAUAAUGUUUAAAUCAUUAAAAUAUUUUAAAAAUUCA